AUGUCUGGCUCCGAGUAUCGAAAUGGAUCCAUCAACAACGUCUGCACGACCGCAGCCAGCGCGCCAGGCAUUGAAAAUCUCACGUCCUCUGGUUUCGCUGCAGAGAGGCAUGUUUUCGGAAAGCCCUCCUCACCAGACGAACUCCGCGGUCAUAAAUCUCACAGCACAAUCGGCCCGCUGGGCUACAUCACUAGCUCCUUUGCCAACCAAUCCAACUCGACUGAUGCCGGCACAACCCUAGCAAAACUCGAAUCAGGGACCCCUCGCCAGUCUGUUAGCAGUGCGUACAUUCCAGGAGAUACCUCUGCAACGCUUCCAAAUGCGGCGAACACCCUCCCACGGCCAGUCCGUCCAACACCAACUGAGUCUGAAUCAUCGUCGGCCAUCCUUCGUCGAGCUGACUCGUCUUGCAAUCUUUACUCGUUUUCGACCGACGCUACCAAACGGCCCUCCACAUCUUCAUCAAUGUCUCAGCUGGAGAUGAGUGGUGGAGGCGGCCUUACAAGUUCCGCCGAGAACAGUCUCUCCGGAUCGUCAACUCUCGUCAGCGGUCAUACUUAUGCUCCAGUGUACCAAGCACAUACACCGCACAAUGUACAAGCUUCGCAUUCGGAAUCACUGGGAGCUGAUAGCUCCGUCGGCGGAUAUGAACGUGGUGUGGCAGUAGGUGGUGAUCGAGGUGAAUCCAGCAGAGGCUUUUAA